CUUCUUUGAUCUGACAUGCUUCUUUUCCACCUUUUGCAGAAAAAAGUGAAAUCUGACCCUCAUUCCAUCCAGCUGGUAUCGGAAGCCACAGAAAACCUCUUGCAGAGUCUGGGAACCCUGGUAGUUGAGCUGUCCAGCAUGAAGAGCUGGAAUGACAUGAGGAAUGAGAUCCUAUUCCUGACCGAGAACGGCAGUGGAUCUCCAAGCGAGAUGUACCAGGCUGUGUCCAGGAUUGUCUGUGGUCACCCAGAAGGAGGUGGACUCAAGAUCAAGUCAAUGAACUGGUACGAGGACAACAACUACAAAGCACUGUUUGGGGGAAACAGCACAGAAGAUGAGACUUCUUUUUAUGACAACUCAACCACUCCCUACUGCAAUAAUAUGAUGAACAAUUUUGAAUCCAGCCCAAUCUCUAGAAUGAUCUGGAGAGCACUGAAGCCUCUGCUCAUUGGUAAAAUUCUCUACACUCCAGAUACUCCAGCCACACAAAGAAUCAUUCAUGAGGUUAACAAGACAUUUCAGGAACUGGGUGUGUUUCGAGAUCUUGGCGGCAUGUGGGACGAGAUUAAGCCAAAGGUCUGGAAAUUCAUGGAAAGCAGCCAGGAGAUGGAUCUCGUUCGGACUCUUCUCCAGAACAAUGCAAGUUCAAGUUUCUUGGAUGCACAGUUAAGCGGAACUGGCUGGUCUGUGAAAGCGAUUUCCAGUUUCUUAUCAGCGCGCACUGAAGAUUCUCUGAAAACUAGUUCAGUGUACACAUGGAGGGAUGUUUUCAAUGAGACUGACCAUGCUAUUCUAACUAUAUCACGCUUCAUGGAGUGUGUGAAUUUGGAUAAACUGGAGCCUGUUCCCACUGAGGAGAGAUUAAUAAACACAUCAAUGAAGCUGCUUGAUGAAAGAAGAUUUUGGGCUGGAAUUGUAUUUCCUGGAAUAGAAUCGAACAGUAGCGACUUGCCUCUGCAUGUAGAUUACAAGAUCCGAAUGGACAUUGACAAUGUGGAGAGAACCAACAAGAUUAAAGAUGGGUACUGGGACCCUGGUCCGAGGGCAGAUCCCUUUGAAGACAUGCGCUAUAUCUGGGGCGGAUUUACUUACCUUCAGGAUGUGAUCGAACAGGGCAUCAUCCGAGCUGUUACAGGCACUGAGAAGAAAACUGGAGUUUAUAUACAGCAGAUGCCUUACCCCUGUUAUGUGGAUGACAUGUUUUUGCAAGUGAUGAGUCGCUCUCUGCCCCUGUUCAUGACAUUGGCUUGGAUCUACUCAGUGGCUAUCAUUAUCAAAGGCAUCGUCUAUGAGAAGGAAGCCCGUCUGAAGGAGACAAUGAGGAUUAUGGGACUGGACAACAGCAUGCUGUGGCUGAGCUGGUUCAUCAGCAGCUUGAUUCCUCUCCUUAUCAGUGCCUCAUUUUUGGUCUUAAUACUCAAGAAAGGAAACCUGUUGCCCUAUAGUGACCCGAGUGUAGUUUUUAUGUUUCUUGCCACCUUUGCUGUCGUGACCAUAAUGCAAUGCUUCUUGAUAAGCACCAUUUUCUCGAGGGCAAACCUGGCUGCGGCUUGUGGAGGCAUCAUCUACUUCACUCUCUACCUUCCGUACGUGCUGUGUGUAGCCUGGCAGGAUUAUGUGGGCUUUACUGUGAAAGUCAUAGCUAGUUUGUUAUCACCAGUGGCGUUUGGGUUUGGCUGUGAGUAUUUUGCGCUCUUUGAAGAGCAGGGGGUUGGGAUUCAGUGGAACAAUCUCCUCUCCAGCCCUAUAGAGGAAGACAACUACAACCUCACUACCUCCAUAUACAUCAUGUUUUUCGAUGCUUUUCUUUAUGGAGUGAUGACCUGGUACAUUGAAACUGUCUUCCCAGGCCAGUAUGGGAUUCCCAGACCAUGGUAUUUUCCAUUUACCAAGUCAUACUGGUUUGGUGAUACACAGCAGAAAAUGCCAGAACAUAUAUCGACCAGAAAAGAAAACUCUGAAGUUUGCAUUGAGGAAGAGCCAGCACAUCUUGAACUUGGAGUAUUCGUUGAGGACUUGGUUAAAAUCUAUCAAGAUGGGAAAAAGGUUGCUGUUGAUGGACUUACUCUCGGUUUCUACGAAGGGCAGAUCACUUCGUUUCUGGGGCACAAUGGAGCUGGCAAAACCACCACUAUGUCAAUCUUGACUGGCUUGUUCCCGCCUACAUCCGGUACGGCCUACAUUCUGGGAAAAGAUAUCCGCUCUGACCUCAGCACAAUCAGACAAAAUCUCGGAGUGUGUCCUCAGCACAAUGUUCUUUUUGACCAGCUGACUGUUGAGGAACAUAUUUGGUUCUACGCCCGGCUGAAAGGACUGUCUGAAGUGGAGGUCAAAGCAGAGAUGGAACAGAUUCUAUUGGACGUAGGCCUGCCAAACAAACGGAAAGCAAAAACAAGCCAGCUCUCUGGUGGUAUGCAACGGAAACUAUCAGUUGCCCUGGCCUUUGUUGGAGGGUCAAAGGUCAUUAUUCUAGACGAACCUACAGCUGGAGUAGACCCUUACUCCCGCAGAGGAAUCUGGGAUCUGCUUCUAAAAUAUCGCCAUGGCCGCACGAUCAUCCUUUCAACACACCACAUGGACGAAGCAGAUAUUCUUGGCGACAGAAUAGCCAUUAUUUCUCAUGGGAAGCUGUGCUGUGUUGGGUCAUCACUCUAUCUGAAGAAUCAACUGGGAACAGGCUAUUACUUGACCCUGGUCAAAAAAGAUGUGGAGCCAUCCCUGAGUUCAUGCAGAAACAGCAGCAGCACAGUAUCGUUCAUUAAAAAGGACGACAGUGUUUCCCAAAGCAGUUCUGAUGCUGGACUUGGUAGCGACCAUGAAAGUGACACAACCACUGUAGAUGUGUCUCUCAUCUCAAACGUCAUUCUGAAGCAUGUUCCGAAGGCUCGAAUGGUUGAAGAUUUUGGACACGAGCUGACUUACGUUUUACCAUAUGAAUCUGCUAAGGAUGGUGCUUUUGUUGAGCUGUUCCACGAAAUUGAUGACAGACUGUCAGACCUGGGCAUUUCCAGCUAUGGAGUCUCAGACACCACGCUGGAGGAGAUUUUCCUUAAAGUGGCUAAAGACAGUGGAGUUGAUGUAGAAAUUUCAGAUGGCACCAUCCCUGCACGGAGAAACAGGAGACAUGCUUUUGGGGACAGACAAAGCUGCCUGAGACCAUUCACUGAGGAUGAUGUCUUUGAUUUAAAUGAUUCUGAUCUUGAUCCAGAGUCGAGAGAGACAGACCUGCUAAGCGGAAUGGAUGGGAAAGGCUCAUUCAAGGUGAAAGGCUGGAGUCUUAUCAGGCAGCAGUUUGUUGCUUUACUCUGGAAAAGAUUUUUGCAUGCAAGGCGCUCCAGGAAGGGAUUCUUUGCUCAGAUUGUGUUACCAUCUGUGUUUGUGUGCAUUGCUCUGGUGUUCAGCCUGAUCAUCCCUCCUUUUGGAAAAUACCCAAGCCUGGAACUGCAGCCAUGGAUGUAUGGUGAGCAGUACACUUUCAUAAGCAAUGAUGCCCCUGAGGAUGCUCACAUACAGAAAUUAUUUGGAGCUCUAACCAGCAAGCCUGGUUUUGGUACUCGCUGUAUGAGUGGAGACCCUAUUCUUGAUACCCCGUGCAUGACUGACAAUGGUGAUUGGACCAUGCCCGAAGUACCGCAGAGUGUCAUGGACAUUUUUUUAAAUGGAAACUGGACGAUGGAAAACCCGUCUCCACCUUGUGAAUGUAGCAAGGAUGACAAAAAGAAAAUGCUCCCUGAAUGCCCUGCUGGAGCUGGUGGGCUGCCUCCCCCUCAGAUUACUCGUGGUACCACAGACAUUCUUCAGAACCUUACAGGCAGAAAUAUAUCUGACUAUCUGGUGAAAACAUACGCUGAGAUCAUUGGGAAAAGUCUGAAGAACAAGAUUUGGGUCAAUGAAUUUAGGUACGGUGGAUUCUCAUUGGGUGCUAGAAGUUUACAAGUCCUUCCUCCUGGCGAGGAACUCACCGAUGCCAUAAUUCAAAUCAGAAAGAUCUUCAGCAUAGAGCAGGGGAAAGCUGGAGAUCGGUUUAUGAGCAGCUUAUCAGGCUUCAUUAAAGGGCUGGAUACCAAAGAUAAUGUCAAGAUUUGGUUUAAUAACAAAGGAUGGCAUGGAGUCGGGGCCUUCCUGAAUGUGAUGAACAAUGGUAUUCUUCGUGCCAGUUUACCAGAGGGAAAAGAUCCCAGUUUGUAUGGAAUCAGCGCCUUUAAUCACCCUCUGAACCUCACCAAAGAACAGCUUUCUCAAGUUGCACUGAUCACAACCUCAGUGGAUGUUUUGGUCUCUAUCUGUGUGAUUUUUGCCAUGUCGUUUGUACCGGCCAGUUUUGUAGUGUACCUCAUUCAAGAGAGAGUUAGCAAGUCCAAGCACAUGCAGUUCAUCAGUGGGGUCAGACCCGGCCUCUACUGGCUUGCAAACUUCAUCUGGGAUAUGUGCAACUAUAUAGUGCCAGCUACUCUCGUCAUCAUCAUUUUUGUCUGUUUUCAACAAAAGUCGUAUGUUUCUGCUGCCAACCUUCCUGUUCUGGCUCUGCUCCUGCUGCUCUAUGGGUGGUCCAUUACUCCUUUGAUGUACCCUGCAUCGUUCCUCUUUAAAAUCCCCAGUACUGCUUAUGUUGUACUCACCAGUGUUAACCUGUUCAUUGGAAUCAAUGGCAGUGUUGCAACCUUCGUUCUUGACCUUUUUGGCAAUGACAGUCACAACUCGAUUAAUGAUAUUCUAAAGUCCGUAUUCCUAAUCUUUCCUCACUUUUGUCUGGGACGAGGUCUUAUCGACAUGGUGAAGAAUCAGGCAAUGGCCGAUGCUUUGGAAAGAUUCGGUGAAAACCGCUUUAGGUCGCCAUUCUCCUGGGAUUUGGUUGGAAGAAACCUCUUUGCUAUGGCAGUGCAGGGGGCUGUCUUCUUCUGCAUUACAGUACUAAUCCAGUACAGAUUUUGUAUUAAACCCAGACGGGUAUCAGCAAAACUUCCACCAAUACAUGAUGAAGAUGAAGACGUGGCCAAAGAGAGGCAGCGAAUACUGAGCGGUGGGGGGCAGAGUGACAUUCUGGAACUCAAAGAGCUGACCAAGGUAUACAGGAUGAAGCGCAAGCCAGCAGUCGACAGACUCUGUGUUGGAAUUCCCCCAGGAGAGUGCUUCGGAUUGCUUGGUGUGAAUGGCGCUGGAAAAACAACCACCUUCCAAAUGCUGACUGGAGACACAGACGUCACUGGCGGGGAAGCUUUUCUUAAUGGAAAGAGCGUCCUGUCAGAGAUUCAUGAUGCCCACCAGAACAUGGGUUACUGCCCUCAGUUUGAUGCCAUUAAUGAGCUGCUGACUGGAAGAGAACACCUGGAAUUGUAUGCCAUUUUACGUGGAGUUCCUGAAGAAGAAGUUUGUAAGGUUGCUGAAUGGGGAGUUCGUAAACUGGGACUUGUGAAGUACAUGGACAAAGGAGCUGGGAAUUACAGUGGAGGGAACAAACGCAAGCUGUCCACUGCAAUGGCUCUGACCGGAGGCCCACCUGUAGUAUUCCUGGAUGAGCCAACCACAGGGAUGGACCCCAAGGCACGCAGAGCCCUAUGGAACUGUAUUCUUGGCAUUAUCAAAGAAGGAAGAUCUGUGGUGCUUACCUCACACAGUAUGGAGGAAUGUGAAGCACUUUGCACACGAAUGGCUAUCAUGGUAAAUGGCAGGUUCAGAUGCCUUGGCAGUGUGCAGCAUCUUAAAAACAGGUUUGGAGACGGGUACACAAUAAUUCUUCGAGUAGCAGGCCCAAAUCCUGACCUGAAGCCUGUCAUGGAGUUCAUUGAAUGUGAACUCCCUGGCAGUGUGCUGAAGGAGAAACAUCGAAACAUGCUUCAGUAUCAACUCCCAUCCUCGCUCUCCUCCCUGGGGCGGCUAUUCAGCAUCCUUUCCAAAAACAAGAGCCAACUCAGAAUAGAAGACUAUUCAGUAUCACAAACUACACUCGACCAAGUAUUUGUAAAUUUUGCGAAGGACCAAAGUGACGAAGACCACUCAAAGGACAAUACAGUUCACAAAAAAGAAGCUGUGAUAAAUAUUUCACUCCUUAAUUCCUUUUUGAAAAACGACAAGGUGAAAGAAAGCUAUGUGUGAUUUGAUUUUUUCAGACUGAAAUUGCAGUGGCAACAUAUUGAAAAGCAUGAAGGCUUUUUUUCGACUGUUCCAUGUUCAGGAGCAAAGGAAGGAAAACUGGACACUGUACUGAAACUAUUCAAUGCAAGUCAAUGCAAAAAUUCCACUUCUUAUUAUGAGGCAGUGCCUCAGAUUCCUGUUUAGUUUUGUUGGCAGGAAGUGGAAUAAAACUUGAAUAGAGUUAUGUCUUACAGUGUAACUUUAUACAUUGUGGAUGCUCAGCUCAGUUUGUUUUUGUUUCGUAUAUUUGCAAUGAUGACAUAUUUAUAUCUAGUCACCCACUGCCACUAAAAAAUGGUCAUUUAAGUCCUUCACAUUUUUACAAAGUGGCUUAUUGCACAGUAAUUGGUAGGCUGUGGGUUUCUCAAAAUUGUCUUGGUAUUUUUUUUUUU